AUGUCCGAUCCUAUUCCUGGCCUUAAUAUUAUCGUACCACUUGCUACUAUUUUCAGUAUUUUGGAUGCCGUUUGCUUAAUUUACCUUCUUAUGAGGAUUUUAACACUAUGGUGGAUAACUAAGAGAUCUCUAGUGAUGGUUCACAGGGUGCCAUUUUAUUUCGUAUUUGGCGGGGAUGCAUGUAAAAUUAUUGGUGGAAUAACGUUUUUCCUUUUUACAUUUAAUGUGUCCCUUAGUGGAUCUGUGUCUUUGACGAUUUAUCUUCGAAUAUGUAGAGAAAUAGUUAUUGACCUAGGAAUAUAUGAUUAUAAAUUAUUUUUGCCCAUUAUAUUGAUAUCUUUAAUAAUAACCUUGAUCGGAUUUAAUAAUUAUGGACAUAAUCAAUUUUGGUGUUUCAGUUCUCCCACUGAACCAAUAACAGCAUUAAUAGCUGUUUCGUCGAUUGUCAUAAUAUUAAUCUUUACAAUAUAUUGUUAUAUUAUGACUUUAUUGGGUGUAUAUAGUAACCGUAAAAGAUUUAGCUCUAAGCUUAGUCAAAUUGAUUUUAUUGUUGCAAGAAAAAUUACCUUUUAUGUUUUAAUCGUCAUUUUAGAAUGGGUUCCUGUGAUUGAAAAUUUUUGGAUUUAUACUGCAGCGACACUUUCUGUAAGCUUUGGCGGAAUAGGAAAUACAAUUCUUUACAUUAUCUAUGAAAAUUGGAGAAAUAGUUAUAAUUCACAGGCUGCCUCUGAUAGUUUUAUCGAAA